AUGGCACGUGUCAAUAUCUUCUUCAAUAAUACUAAUUUUUCAGCCCGUGCACUAAUAGACUCCGGUUCGGAAUUCUCAUUCAUAACAGAAAGACUUAAACGCCGAAUUAACCUACCAUCCAAACGUUUGAAUGCUCAGGUGUCAGGCAUCAACAACACCGUUUCAGCCCAAGUCAAAGAAGCGUGUUUAAUACAGUUGCGGUCACCGAUUGACCCUUUAAUAAUCAUAGAUAGCACUGUCCUGGUUCUACCACAGCUUACAGGAAAUCUGCCGACUUGCCAAAUCAAUGCUAUGACAAAGCAAGCGUUUCCGGAUCUAGUAUUAGCUGACAAGAAAUUCUUCAUAAAUAAGCAAGUUGAUCUUGUACUAGGCGGCGAUAUUUACGCCCAAAUAAUAUUGAGUGGCAUACAAGAGAAUGUUUUAGGUACCCUGCUUGCGCAAGAGACUGUAUUCGGCUGGAUACUAACCGGUCAAACUGAGGCAACAGGGCCAACGAAUAAAUGCGUUUCAUUCUUCAACGAAGUCACUCUAGAUAAACAAUUAGCGUCCUUUUGGGAAUUAGAGGACAUCCCAAAGAACCAUAAAUAA